AGAAAGUAAAAUUAUUAAUGAUUUAUGUCAUGCUUAUAUAUUACUAUAUAUUUUAUUAUUUGGUACUGCCAUAAUGGAACAAACCGUUCGAUUGACGUAAUGUCGUACCACCAGUUCAAUCGUCGCACGUCCGAUACAAUACCAACCGGUUUUGCGUAGUUUUGCAGAGGCUAUUAUCAAAUCGCAAUACGAUUUUGCGAUCGUCACUAGUCACUAUUCACUACCUAACUUAAGUAGCGACUGUAGCGUAGCCGUAGUCGAUACUCACUACUCAGUACUACUAUUAGUAGUCAUGCAAUCGAUUUGGGAGUAGGACAUCACCGUGGCGGCGAGGCUCACCCGCCGCUCACCAGUCACCACCACUCACUUAAAGUACCUAUCAUCAUCAACACUUAAGUCCUAAACAGCAACGAGAUAAGAAUAAAAAAUGAAUAAAUAUCUGUUUGGGGUCGAGGUGUUGGUGUCGACGGUUGGUGUGAGGAGUAAUAGCAGCCGGCACGUGGUAUCGCCGCUGCACGCCGCGGGCCGGUCUGGUGGAGCGCCGUGCGACGGCACCGCCCGCCGUGGAUUCGUUGUAUGAAAGUGUCGAGCAGCAGCGGCAGAGUUUGUGGAGGAGGAGGCGGAGGCGGUGUUUGCAGCAACGGCGGCGGAGACGGCAACGACGCUGGAAACCGCGGUGACAGCGGCGGUGGCUGCGGCGGCGGUGCGCCCAACAACAACAACAACAACAACAACAACAACAACAGCAGCAGCAGCACCAGCACCAGCACCAGCACCAGCAGCCCUCCGUGCAGUGAGGGUGGCGGCGGCGGCGGCGGCGGUGGUGGUGGUAGCGGCGGCCUGGUAGCUGGCGUGCUGGUCAGUGAUCAGGGCGAAGUGAUCAGCGACCGGUAUGUGGGCGUGGCGAGGCAGUUCGCGUCGCGUCAAGCGUCCGAGCGUGGCUCGACCAAAGCUGACCAAAGCGACGGUAGUGACGACGAGACCACGCUUAGGCAGAUGCUUGUGAGGUAAGCUACUACGCACCAUCACCAUAGUUGCAUGCUUGCCGACUACUUGACAACGCCAACUACGCUGCUAUUAUAAUCGUAUAUUAUACAUUUUACAUAAUAUUAUAUCAAUAAUAUAUUGUAUCCGUAUAACUUC